AUGGCCUUUCUCUCAUCUCUUUCUUGCUUUUCUUCUCAGUCUCUGUCCAGCCAGGUAAGUCCAGAGAACUUCACCUGGAUUGCCCCUGCUGAAUUCAUCCUCCUGGGCAUCACCAACCGCUGGGACCUGCGUGUGACCCUCUUCCUGAUCUUCUCGCCCAUCUACCUAGUGAGCCUUCUGGGAAACAUGGGCAUGAUAUUGCUAAUCCGAGUGGAUGCUCGGCUCCACACACCCAUGUACUUCUUCCUGGCCAACCUUUCCCUGCUAGAUGCCUGCUAUUCCUCAGCCAUUGGCCCCAAGAUGCUAGUGGACCUACUGCUGCCCUCUGCCACCAUCCCUUAUGCAGCAUGUGCCCUCCAGAUGUUUAUCUUUGCAGGGCUGGCUGAUGCAGAGUGUUGCCUGUUGGCAGCCAUGGCCUAUGACCGCUAUGUGGCCAUCGGCAACCCUCUUCUCUAUACAACAGUUAUGUCACGGGGUCUAUGCCUGGCUUUGCUGGGAGCAUCAGGCCUGGGUGGAGCAGUGAGUGCCUUUGUCCACACGACAUUCACCUUCCGCCUGAGCUUCUGCGCCUCACGAGAGGUCAACAGCUUCUUCUGUGAUAUCCCUCCAUUGCUGGCUAUCUCGUGCGAUGACACAAGUCUCAACGAACUCCUCCUCUUUGCUGUCUGUGGUUUUAUCCAGACAGCCACGGUGUUAGCUAUAGCUGUGUCUUAUGGUUUCAUUGCUGUGGCUGUGAUCCGCAUGCCCUCAUCCGAGGGCCGACGGAGGGCAGCCUCCACCUGUGGCUCCCACCUCACGGCUGUGGCCAUGCUGUAUGGGACCCUUAUUUUCAUGUACCUGCGUCCCAGCUCCAGCUAUGCCCUGGACACUGACAAGAUGGCAUCUGUGUUCUACACCCUUGUCAUUCCAGCUCUCAACCCACUCAUCUACAGCCUCCGCAACAAAGAGGUCAAGGAGGCCAUGCAGCGAACCCAGAACCGAUUCUGCUGUCCAGGACAAGGCACCCACAAUUGGAACCAGGAGGCUGGUUAG